CACCCUCUCUCUCUCUCUCAGGCAGCGAGGCUGGAUCCUCGAUGGCGCCGACGAUGGAAGGAGGAUGCAGACUGCGGGCGUGGGUUGCCGCAGUUCAUCAUUAGGAAUUGCAAGCAGCAGCUCCUAUCCAUCAUCCUCCCGCUGGACCAGAUUCUCCACUUGCCUCUGGUGGCAGAAACAAUGCUGCUUCGCUAGGUCCACUGCUUGGAAGGGAAGGGGGCAUCUAAAAGGUCGAGAGACAGACAGAGGAACGAAGUCGAGAAGAGUUCGAUCGGCCUUGGCCCUCGCUCGUCGAUCUAUCGAUCCAUCGAAAGCCGACAAACAGAAGAGCGUUCGGAGAUCGAGGGCAAUAGGGAGGUUUCCAGAGAGAGUUCACCGUCCCUCAUUGUUAGCGAUUUCAACACUUAGUGAUCGAUCGAUCGGUCAAUCUUUUUCUUAGAUUGUACAGAACCUUACAAGUUCUUUUCUUCUCUGCGGUUCCCUCUUACAGUGCAAAAAGCGUUGAGCGGGGCUCUUGGUCCGACUGUGCAGAUCACGUGUUCGACGAGACUUGCACGAACUUGAGGAUGUCACCAACCGGCAGUCAAGGGAUUCAAUGGAACUCUUUUCGCUUAUGGGCAGACCAGCAGUGGGAAAACUUUCACAAGGACUGGAAAGACAUCUGUACGUGGUGCGUGGGCAGACAAUAUGACAUGGUUCAAAGGUAAAGGAGACCUGCUUGUACCCGACUCACUUAAGGAUGCCUUUGAUGGAGUUACUGCUGUGGUAUCUUGUGUUGGAGGCUUUGGCUCAAACUCUCAUAUGUAUAAAGUCAAUGGAACUGCAAAUAUUAAUGCUAUGAUUGCUAUCAGAGCUGCAUCAGAAAAUGAGGACAUAUUCCUUACCGUGAUAGCAAGCUCACCGCAAUUCUUCAUGCUGCUCUUGGUGGCAAUGAUUAUCUGUACUGUUGCACAUGAAGAGGUUCAUGUUGAUGAAACAAAGGGGACUUUGCAGUUCACUGGUAGAGCUAAGCGCAUCACAAAUUGUGUUCAAGUGAAUGAGGCUACAAGGAAUCCUUUGUGUUCAAGUGCCAACCAGUUCAAUGUCACACAAUUUUGUGGACCCCGUCCUGAUGACAAUGUGGACUCUUUUGGAGGCACUUCUAACUCCACAAAUGUUUCUCGAGUCCAGUGUUCAGGACUUAAAGCUACAUAA